AUGGCGGCCUCCAAGAUUCCGACUGUCGGCGUGGACCUUAACGCGGGCGUGAUUACUGACGCCGUCAACAAAAUCAACUCUAGCAACCCAGACCCAAGGUUCAAAUAUGUCAUGGAACGGCUGGUCGUGCACCUGCACGACUUUGCACGCGAGACAAGGCUGAGCACUGGCGAAUGGAUGUCCGCUCUCCGCUUUCUUGAGAACACCGGAAAGAUCUGUACCUCCGUCCGGGAUGAAUUUGUGCUCUUAUCCGACAUUCUGGGACUGAGCCUGUUAGUCGACAGCAUCGAUCAUCCCAAGCCCAAGUCCGCAACCGAGGGGACUCUCUUGGGUCCUUUCCACACACACGACUCGGAGGAUGUGGCACACGGAGCGAGCAUCAGCCAAGACGCCGGAGGGCAGCCUCUCCUAGUAGUUUGCACUGUGAGAGAUACACAAGGGCAACCUAUUAAGGGUGUUUCCAUUGAUGUCUGGGAGACAGACUCGACCGGCCACUACGACACCCAAUACGCGAACCGAACUAGGCCUGAUGGGCGAGCCACGCUAGAGACAGAUGCCGAGGGUGUGUUUUGGCUCAAGGGAAUUGUCCCAGUUCCGUACCCUAUACCUGGCGAUGGUCCUGUCGGUGAUCUGUUGAAGCUCCUUGGUCGGCACAACAUGAGACCAGGCCAUAUGCACUUCAAGUUUAAGAAAGAAGGCUUUGAUCCGUUAAUCACGGCACUAUAUCUUCGCGGGGAUCCGUAUGAAACGUCUGAUGCUGUCUUUGGUGUCAAGUCUUCUCUGACUGUCGACCUCGAGGCUGUCAAUACUGAUCUGAUUUCUCGCUAUGAUGUUACGGCCGACUACAAAGUACUUCGUUAUGACUUUGUCUUGGUGACAGAGGAGGAGACUGUGGCUCUGAGACAUCAAAGUAGCGAGUCGGCAAUGAAACACUUAGGAAGAUCAGUCUACUUGAUCAAUGGGUUGCCCGCAUAUAUUGACACGUAG